UGGGGGCUUUAAUACUAAACUAUUUAGAGAGAGUUUCUGAAAAUGAAAGCUGUCUGUGGCGUUUCACCAAAGCUCUGAUGGGGUCAACUACAUGUCUACAUCCACUCAAAUCACACCACCCCAUACCCAACUGAUUAACAACCGUUUAGGUCAGCAUGUCGCGCGGAAAACCGGUAAACUAGACCGGUGGUUGCGGCUGUGUGGUCACAGAUUACGCUGAGCUGUCGAAAUGAGGACACGGCUCGAAUCUCUUGAAUAAAAAACGUUCACCUCAUUAGGAACACAAAGGGAAACUAAUCCCCGACCCGCGCGUUUGGCAGGAUUUGAGGCGUUGGUGAGCGUGAACGCACUGACAUUCAAAACAGUGAUUAUUAUGUUUGUUAUUUUCAUAGUACCGCACCUUGUGGAUACAGUGGACAUGGCAGCACUCACUCAGGCGUCAAUUUCUCCUCCCGAAACGUCACUUCCACGGGAUAUCUGAAACUUUUCCAAUGCUGCAAUACCGUGGGAGUCUAUGAGGCUGCGUGGGAGGGAUCUCCCGUCCUAAAUCAACUAGGAGGAGAAACUUUUCGGGAGUUAGGAUUCUGGAGGCUACUAUAGCGGCGCUCACGGUCUCAUUGGACAUUUGAAGGUAGUCUAUUUUUCGAAAAUGUUGUUUGUCUCUCGAGUCUAACACAACUAGGAAGUAUUCACAAUAGCCUUGUCGAUUUGGUGGUUGGUUGGGUAACGAGACACCUUUUUUGGGCUCGUGAGUAGGUAAACGUUUUCACCUUUUUCGAUUGUAUAUAUUGCAAGCGAUUCCGCGUCAUGUAACAACGGAUGGACAUGCGCUUCCAAUGCGAACCGAUUGAAUAACUUUAACCUAUUCAAUUACUUUUUUCUUAAUUUAGUCAUAAAAAGGAAUAGGACAGAACAUUUGGACAUAGUAUUGCACACAUUUGGCAUAGAAAACCACCCCAAAAUGUGACACAUCAAGAGGAAAAAGCGAUAAUCAAAACCCAUUUGGAUAAACAUGUUCGAGUCAACUAUCACCGUCAACUCACGGUGACUGAUCCCUAAAGUGGAUCCCCCUUCCCCGGUAUUAUUCUAGCUCGUGCGUGUCCGGUGAACGAGGAGAUGAGCAAGGCGAGAUGGGACAGUGUCUCAGUUCAGAACAAGACCUAACGGAGGAGGGAAAGAAGGCGAAGCUUCAGAGCGCGAAGAUAGACAGGGACCUGUAUGAAUACGCCAAGAGGGAGAUGAACGUGGUCAAAAUUCUAAUGCUCGGAGCAGCAGAGAGUGGGAAGAGUACUCUGGUCAAACAGAUGAAGAUCAUCCACAGCCACGGCUUUACCAAGCAAGAGCUGACCAGCUUCAAGCCGGCGGUGCUGGACAAUCUUCUGACCUCUAUGAAGUUUGUCCUCCAUGGGAUGGGCAUUCUCCGGAUCAACCUGACUAACAGCAAGAACAAGGUGCACGCCCACUCUGUGUUGUCCUGUGGGAGGUGUUUUGAUGAGGAUCAGGUGCUGUUUCCUUUCAUUGGCCACGCCCUUUCCUGUCUGUGGGCUGACCAGGGGGUCCGAGAGGCCGCAGCCAGGGGUUACGAGUUUGAACUCAACGACUCUGCCCUGUAUUUCUUUGAGAACAUGGGUCGUAUCAUCUCUCCGGACUACGUUCCCACGGAGACGGAUGUCCUGAGGGUCAGACUGAGGACCACCGGGGUCAUAGAGACGCAGUUCAAAGUCAAACACCUGCUCUUCAGGAUGUAUGAUGUGGGGGGUCAGAGGACAGAGAGGAGGAAGUGGAUUGGUUGUUUCGAGGACGUCCGGGCCGUGGUAUUUGUUGUUUCUCUCAGUGGAUACGACAUGACUCUAGUAGAGGACCCAUGUAUGAACCGCCUACAGGAGAGUCUGAAACUUUUCUCUUCCAUCUGCAACAACAUCUUCUUCAAGAGUACCUCAAUGAUCUUAUUUAUGAACAAGAUCGAUCUUUUUCAAGAGAAGAUUUUACAUUCGGGGCGGCAUCUGCGGCUGUAUGUGCCGCAGUUCAAAGGUGCAGACUGUGACGUGGACGCUGCGGCCCGAUACAUUGCCGGAAUGUUUGUGUCUCUCAACACCACGCCCAGCAAACUCAUCUACCACCACUUCACCACGGCAACGGACACCUCCAACGUACAGAUUGUCUUCCAGGUCGUCAUGGACACCAUCAUCAAAGAGAACCUAGAGGCCGUCUCUCUGCUAUGAUUGGUUCUAAGAGUUCCUAUGAGUUCUAACAGUUCCGAUGACGCUGGUUGGCUUCUGGACUCUGGGGUGAAGUUUCCCUCGGUACAGAGCUAGACUCAGCUUCCCCUCACCAAAUCAUAACCUUAAAGGGUCAAUCAGCCGUUGCUACGUCCAUUUUUGGACUUAGCAACUGGCCCAUUGAUUCUUGAAGAAUGGAACUUAUAAAUGGCUCAUGAGCUUAAUUCAAAAUAUAAGCUUGUUUUACUCCGUUUGUAAACAACGUAAAUGUGAACAAAUAGCCUCAACAUGGUUAAAACUAGAAUGUUGAUAUCAUGGAUUGACAGUCUUUGCAUCCAUAGCUCUAGCUAUGCAUUUGAGAGAGGUUACAAUUCUCCAGCCCCGUCCCUCGGCUGUUUACCAAAACGGGGAGGACGCUUUGUUAUUGUUUCAACUGCUGAGUUCCACUUUAACCGUUAGUGGGGAUAAUGGAAAACCGACCCAAGAUCAGUGACUAGGGGCUCCGUCACCCUACUCCGUUUUCUGGUUCCGGAAGAAAAGCGUGUUUAAGUCGACUUCAUAAUGAAAGACCCUCUGUUCACUUCCUCUGGAAUUGUUUACAUGACUUCCCGGAACGAGGAGGAGGUCUAUUGGAGAACAUUUCACUUCCCGGAACGAGGAGGAGGUCCAUUGGAGAACAUUUCACUUCUCGGAACGAGGAGGAGGUCUAUUGGAGAACAUUUCUCUUCCCGGAACGAGGAGGAGGUCUAUUGGAGAACAUUUCACUUCCCGGAACGAGGAGGAGGUCUAUUGGAGAACAUUUCACUUCCCGGAACGAGGAGGAGGUCUAUUGGAGAACAUUUCUCUUCCCGGAACGAGGAGGAGGUCUAUUGGAGAACAUUUCACUUCCCGGAACGAGGAGGAGGUCUGUUGGAGAACAUUUCACUUCCCGGAACGAGGAGGAGGUCUAUUGGAGAACAUUUCUCUUCCCGGAACGAGGAGGAGGUCUAUUGGAGAACAUUUCACUUCCCUCUCCUUGUUUUUGGGAACAGUCAUGGACUAUGGUACAUAUUUAUUUGUGUUAUUGUUGUUGUUAAGCAACCCUAAUCAGAAUAUGAAUAAUACAACAUCAACAUUUUAAUUCUUAACAUACUUGUUAUAUUUCUUAUUCAUACCAGAGCUCAUUGGAGGGACCCUGUAGAUGGUAAUGAUAGGCUUCCUCUCAGCUUUGGUUGCUCGGUUGCUCCGGCUAAAUGCUCACUCAGCUUAGUGCAUGUCUUAGUGUGUGUGUGGGCAGGCAGGCGGAUUUACCGUUUGUCCAUUAGAUGCGCGGGCAGUGUGGUACUGGUGUGGAGGUGUGGAGUUAUGGGUCACUCAUCCAUACUGACUGUGUGUGUGUUAAGGGGUUCACUCAUCCAUACUGUGUGUGUGUUAAGGGGUUCACUCAUCCAUACUGACUACGGGCAUUUACCUGCCAUCCAUCAAUGCCUAUCACUCCUUAAUGGGACAGAGAUCACAGAAAACAACUGGCUUUAUUUAACUGCAGUAAAUCUCAUCACUCUUGUGUCCUGCUCUCCUUUCCUCCCUCUCUCGCUCUCUCCCUCUCUCAAACACCUCUUCCUUUCUCUCUCUCUCUCCCUCUCUCAAACACCUCUUCCUCUCUCUCUCUCCCUCUCUAACACCUCUUCCUUU